UGUACAAAAUUAUCAAAUAUUUGUCAAAAGAUAAACCCAAAGAUUGGAAGUGUGCCCCACCUGUAUGGUUUGCACUCAGGAGAUCAAUUGAUAAGCCUAUGACAUCUGGGUGCCCAGUGCCUGACCGGUUAGUGAAUAGUACAAGGCUGACUAUCUCCCUUCUCAUGCAGUAUAAAAUCACACUCUGAUAUGACAUACUGUACUUAGAAGCACAGAAAAUAACAGACCAGGUGUAGGCCUAUAUUCAGUUAUGUAAUUUGAGUGGUUUACUGUUGACAUUUUAGAUCUAAUUCACUGUAGUCUCAAGUUUUAGGGUAACUUGACAGAUGGGAAUAUAUUAGAAAAAGUACACUACCAGUCAAAAGUUUCAGAACACCUAUUCAUUCCUUGUUCUUUCUUUAUUUUUACUAUUUUCUACAUUGGAGAAUAAUAGUGAAGCCCUCAAAACUAUGAAAUAAACAUAUGGAAUCAUGUAGUAAACAAAAGUGUUAAACAAAUCAAAAUGUAUUAUUAUACAAAUAGCCAUCCUUUGCCUUGAUGACAGAUACGCAAAAAAAAAAAAAAAUCUCAACCAGCUUCACCUGGAAUGCUAUUCCAACAUUCUUGAAGGAGAUCCCACAUACGCUGAGCACUUGUUGGCUGCUUUUCCUUCACUCUGCGGUCCGACACAUCCCAAACCAUCUCAAUUUGGUUGAGGUCGGGGGAUGGUCGAGGCCAGGUGAUCUGAUGCAGCACUCCACUCACUCCUUGGUAAAAUAGCCCUUACACAGAAUGUAGGUGCUUCUACACCCGCAUUGCUUGCUGUUUGGGGUUUUAGGCUGGGUUCGUGUACAGCACUUUGACAUCAGCUGAUGUAAGAAGGGCUUUAUGAAUAAAUUUGAUUGAUUGAUUGUCCUGUUGAAAAACAAAUUAUAGUCCGGCAAAGCAGAUGGGAUGGCGUAUCGCUGCAUCAUUCUGUGGUAGCCAUGCUGGUUAAGUGUGCCUUGAAUUCUAAGUAAAUCACAGUGUCAGCAGCAAAGCACCAUAACACCACCUCCUCCAUGCUUUAUGGUGGGAACCACACAUGCGGAGAUCUUCCGUUCACCUACUCUCCGUCUCACAAAGACACGGCGGUUGGAACCAAAAAUCUCAAAUUUGGACUCAUCAGACCAAAGGACAGAUUUCCACCGAUCUAAUGUCCAUUGCUCGUGUUUCUUGGCCCAAGCAAGUCUCUUCUUAUUAUUGGUGUCCUUUAGUAAUGGUUUCUUUGCAGUAAUCGACCACGAAGGCCUGAUUCACACUGUCUCCUCUGAACAGUUGAUGUUGAGAUGUAUUUGAGCUGCAAUUUCUGAGGCUGGUGACUCCUCUGCAGCAGAGGUAACUCUGGGUCUUCCUUUCCUGUGGCGGUCGCCACAAGAGCCAGUUUCAUCAUAGCUCUUGAUGGUUUUUGCGACUGCAUUUGAAAUUUUCCAGAUUGACUGACCUUCAUGUCUUAAAGUAAUGAGGCACUGUCAUUUCUGUUUGAGAUGGACUUGAUCUUUUACCAACUAAGGCCAUCUUCUGUAUACCAAUCCUACCUUGUCACAACACAACUGAUUGCCUCAAACGCAUUAAGGAAAGAAAUUCCACAAAUGAACUUAAGGCACACCUGUUAAUGAAAAUGCACUCCAGGUGACUACCUCAUGAAGCUGGUUGAGAGAAUGCCAAGAGUGUGCAAAGCUGUCAUCAAAGCGUGGCUAUUUGAGGAAUCUGAAAUCUAAACUAUAUUUUCAUGUAACACUUUUUUUGGUUACUAUAUAAUUUCAGGUCUGCCCACAAAUUUUCUAUAGGAUUGAGGUCAGGGCUUUGAAGGCCAAACCAAUAGCUUGACUUUGUUGUCCUUAAGCCAUUUUGCCACAACUUUGAAGUAUGCUUGGGGUCAUUGUCCAUUUGGAAGACCCAUUUGUGACCAAGCAUUAACUUCUGACUGAUGUCUUGAGAUGUUACUUCAAUGUAUCCACAUAAUUGUCCUUCCUCAUGAUACCAUCUAUUUUGUGUAGUGCACCAGUCCCUCCUGCAGAAAAGCACCCCCACAGCAUGAUGCUGCCACCCCUGUGCUUCACGGUUGGGAUGGUGUUCUCCGGCUUGCAAGCCUCCCCUUUUUUCCUCCAAACAUAACAAUGGUCAUUAUGGCCAAACAGUUCUAUUUUUGUUUCAUCAGACCAGAGAACACUUCUCCAAAAAGUACAAUCUUUGUCCCUAUGUGCAGUUGCAAACUGUAGUCUGGCUUUUUUAUGGCGGUUUUGGAGCAGUGGCUUCUUCGUUGCUGGGCGGCCUUUCAGGUUAUUUCGAUAAAGGACUCAUUUUACUGUGGAUAUAGAUACUUUUGUACCUGUUUCCUCCAGCAUCUUCACAAGGUCCUUUGCUGCUGUUCUGGGAUUGAUUUGCACUUUUCGCACCAAAGUACGUUCAUCUCUAGGAGACAGAAAACAUCUCCUUCCUGAGCGGUAUGAUGGCUGCGCGGUCCCAUGGUGUUUAUACUUUUAGGCAUUUUGAAAUUGCGCCCAAGGAUGAACCAGACUUGUGGAGGUCCACAAUUUUUUUCUGAGGUCUUGGCUGAUUUCUUUUCAUUUUCCCAUGAUGUCAAGCAAAGCGGCACUGAGUUUGAAGGUAGGCCUUGAAAUACAUCCACAGGUACACCUCCAAUUGACUCAAAUUAUGUCAAUUAGCCUAUCAGAAGCUUCUAAAGCCAUGACAUCAUUUUCUGAAAUUGUCCAAGCUGUUUAAAGGCACAGUCAACUUAGUUUAUGUAAACCUCUGACCCACUGGAAUUGUGUUACAGUGAAUUAUAAGUGAAAUAAUCUGUCUGUAAACAAUUGUUGGAAAAAUUACUUGUGUCAUGUACAAAGUAGAUGUCCUAACCGACUUUCCAAAACUAUAGUUUGUUUACAAUACAUUUUUGGAGUGGUGGAUAACAAGUUUUAAUGAAUCCAACCUAAGUGUAUGUAAACUUCCAACUUCAACGGUAUGCUUGUUUGCAUGUGACUAUUCGUCUUUUGUUUGUUGAUGUUUGUUUAAAAAAAUUUAAAAAAAGAGGAAGGAAUUCAUUUUAAAUUGACCACCCUUGCCCGGAUAUUCGUCCCGCGACGAAUGUGUUUUCAGUUUGAAACGUAGCCGUUAUGUCUGGGGAAGCACAGGCGACUAAAUGUUAUUGUUUUUUUAUUUUUAUAGAAUGACUCAACAACCAACAUUAAUUAAAAACGAGUGCUGAGGGGCUUAUGUUGCAAACUUCCCUUACUUGGCUGACAUUUGGACUGACUACAAGUAUGUCCGCGGGGAUUCCCUCAAGGGCGUAGGUUUGAAACGUAGCCGUUAAUUCAGGGGAAGCACAGGCGAUUUCAUGUUGAGUUUGAGCCAGAAUGACUAUAUAUAGGCAAGCUCAACGUUGUGUCCUGUUUCGUUCAUGGUAGUGUGAAACAUAAGUAGUAUACGAGCUAGCGUUCUAACGUUUCACUUCUAUAUUUAGUUUUUUUUUUAGUUUGAGCCUAUAACACAGGAGCCCUUGCAUUUGUAUGUAGACUACACUUCUUCGUGAUGAAAAGAAGAGCAAUUAAUUGCCAAUUACAAAGCCAUUCGGACUCGAGUUUGGUCCAGGAAAACUUCACAGGCAUGCUACCUGUGCUCCCUCUAGAAGUCCUGGAGGAGAUGCUCCUAAAUGUCCCUCCACAGCAGGUGGUGUGUGUCUGUCGACUUGUGUGUCGUGAGUGGAAAGAAGUGGUGGACAGUGAUUCUCUUUGGAGAGAGAGGUGCCGAAGAGAAGGAUACCAGACAUAUGUGACUAAACUACCUAAAGACUGGCGUUUGUUUUACUUCUUGUGUAAGAAGAGACGUAAUCUUCUCAAGAACCCCAGAGCAGAUGAUAAAUUCAAGGGCUGGCAAAUUAUUGAGAAUGGAGGGGAUAAAUGGAAAAUAGAGUCAGUGGAAGAAGUGCCGCUUCCUGACAACACGGUCCAAAAAUACUUUGCGACUUCUUACUUGACCUGCAGGAAGUCUCAGCUGAUUGACUUGGAGAAAGAGGGUUACAGGCCUUCUUUCAUGGAUGACUUUCAACCCGACAUCAUUAUAUCCGACUGGUAUGCUCCACGCUGGGACUGUGGCUCUGAAUAUGAGAUCUGUGUUGAGUUGCUAAAUCAUAAGAAGAAGCCAAUUAAGAAGUUUAGUCCAGGAACUGUUGUCUUUCAACAAUGGAAUGAUCAGAAAUGGAAUCAGAUGACUCAUGUGUUCAAUAAUUAUGGACCAGGUGUGCGGUACAUCCGAUUCAUUCAUGGAGGAAAGGAUACUCUGUACUGGGCCGGCUGGUAUGGAAUUCGGGUCACCAACAGUAGCAUCGAGAUCUUCCCAUCGGUGGACAGAUAGAUUUCGGUGUUCCCAUUUACUCUCCUAAGAGGUUACAUUUGAAUGUUUUGCCAACCUGCAAGCUUUGAAACCUCUCUUAGCGUAGUGUACAUCAUUCUGUCUUUUCAGCCUUAGGCAAUUGGCACAUUGUUUCUCUGUGGAUAUAAAUGAUUCUGGCUGUACAAUACAGGUAACUUCCAAAGUAAUGGAAACGCUUGAGUAAAUGAGGGAUACAAAGUAUAUUGAAAACAGUUACUUCCACACAGGUGUUGUUCCUGAGUUAAUUUAGCAAUGAACUUCCCAUUGUACUUAGGGUCAUGUAUAAAAAUGCCCAGUUGGCCAUUAUUUUUGUUACUAUGGCUAGAGGAGAUCUGUGACUUUGAAAGAGGGGUCUCAAAGGAGCAUAGUGGUCGGUCUGUCUCAGUCACCAGAUCUCAACCCAAUUGAACACUUAUGGGAGAUUCUGGGGCGGUGACUGAGACAGCGUUUUCCACCACCAUCCAACAAAACACCAAGUUAUGGAAUUUCUCAUGGAAGAAUGGUGUCGCCUCCCUCCAAUGGAGUUCAUCACACAGAAUCUAUGUAUGCUAAGGCACAUUGAAGCUGUUCUAGCUAGUGGUGGCCAGCGCCCUAUUAAGACACUUUGUUUUCUUUAUUUUGUCAGUUACCUUUAUCAUUUAUGUCCAUCUCUGGAUUGUACAGAGCAAAGCAAAAAUUCACAUAUGCCUGGAGUACUUCAAUGUAUUCCAGGCAUAUAAUGUGCAUUUCUGUUUUGCUCUGUACAAUUCAGAGGAAGACGGACCAAAGGAAAGUGUGAACUUGAAUGUAAUGUAUUAUGUACAUAAACGUCUGACCCAUUUUGACAAACAACACCAUUAAGAAAUGUAGUUGAACACGUUUGCUUGUACUCACCUAUAUCUUAACAUCUAUAACGUAAUUGUUGUCAUGUACAGUGCCUUCAAAGUAUUCAAACACCUUGACUUACUCCACAUUUUCUUGUUACAGCCUGAAUUCAAAAUGUAUUAAAUACAUUUUUCUAAAACAUGUACACACAAUACCUCAUUGUUGCUAAUUUAUUGUCAAUUAAAUACAGAUAUCUAAUUUACAUAAGUAUUUACACCCCUGAGGCAAUAAAUGUUAGAAUCAUCUUUGGCAGAGAUUACAGCAGUGAGUCUUUCUGGGUAAGUCUCCAAGAGCUUUGCACACAUGGAUUGUAUAAUAUUUGCACGUUCUUUUUCAAAUUCAAGCUCAUUGAAGUUGGUUGUUUAUCAUUGCUAAACAGCCAUUUUCAAGUCUUGCCAUAGAUUUUCAAAAGGAUUUAAGUCAAAACCGUAUCUAGGCCACUCAGGAAUGUUCAAUGAUGUCUUGGUAAGCAAUUCCAGUGUAUAUUUGUCCUUGUGUUUUAGGUUAUUGUCCUGUUGGAAAGGUGAAUUUGUCUCCCAGUGUCUGUUGCAAAGCAGACUGAACCAAAUCCUUUAGGAUUUUGCCUGUGUUUAAAUCUCUUCUGUUUCUUUAAAUACAAAUUAAAAAACUCUACUCUUUGCUGUUGACCAGCAUACCCAUAAUAUGAUGCUGCCACCAUCAUGCUUGAAAAUUAGAAGAGUGGUACUCCGUGAUGUGUUGUUGGAUUUGCCCCGAACAUAACGCUUUGUAUUUGGGACAUAAGUUAAUUUCUUUGCCCUGUUUUUUUUUUUCAAGUUUUAGUUUAGUGCCUUACUGUGAACAUGAUGCAAGUUUUGAAAUAUUUUUAUUCUGUGCCGGUUUCCUUUUCACACUCAUUUAGGUUAGUAUUGUGGAAUAACUAGUGUUGAUCCAUCCUCAGUUUUCUCCUAUCACAGCCAUUAAACUGUAACUAUUUUAAAAUCAUCAUUGGCCUCAUGGGAAAAUCCCUGAUAGAUUUCCUUUCUCUCCGGCAACUGAGUUAGGAUGAAUGACUAUCUUUGUAGUGACUGGGUGUAUUGAUACUCAAGUGUAAUUAAUGACUUAAUUCUCGAAGGGAUAUUCAAUCUACUAAUAGUUGCCCUUCUUUGCAAUGCAUUGGAUAACCUCCCUGGUCUGUGGUUAAAUCUGUGUUUUGAAAUUCACUGCACGACUGCGUGACCUUACAAUUAUCUGUAUGUGUACGGUACAGAGAUGAGGUCUUUCAAAAUCAGGUUAAACACUUGCACACAGUGAGUCCAUGCAAGAUUAUGACUUAAGCAAAUUUUUACUCCUAAACAUAUUUAAAACAACAUUUACCUGAUUUAAGUAUUAAUUGCUAACUAUUAAUAUUAAACAAAUAGGACAUUUCUGUUCUGUUUAAUUCUGUUUCUUUUAAAGAGAUGGUUUCCACUCUAGCUUCCUGCAGUUAGUCUGCUAGAGAUAGUUUGAGCUGACAAUGACUUGGUGGUGAUAACCUAAAAGCUGGCAUUCCAUAGACAAGAUGUGGUAUGUUACCCGAGAGAGAGAGCCUGGAAGAGUUUAGAACAAUGUCUCAUCUUUCGGGCAUCUGGGAAACUAAGCUGGGUUGAGGGUAAAACACCAUCCUGUAGAUGAACCAAGGUUAGGGAAGGUUAGAAAUGACUAAGCAUUUUUUAGGGCAUAUAUAUCAUAUUUUUUCAUUAUCAGUUAGGCUCACAGCCUAACAGUCAAGACUGUUGGGUCGACGGUAUCAUUAUUGCAAUAAUUAAUCGAUAUUAAAUAAAGAUGAUUGUUUGAAGAAAUGACCAAGUCUCUCAGAACUGAAAUUUCCAUGACAAUGUAUUUAUGCUUGCCAUAACAAAUGGUUUAAUUACGUAUUGAUUAAAGACAUUUCAAAUUUUUAUUUUUUUAAUUUGAAAAUGUCCUACACAGUUCCACUUUGACAUUAUGGGGUAUUGUGUGUAUGGCAGUGACUUAAUACAUUUCAAAUUCAGGCAGUAACAAUGUUUGGGGAAAUAGUCAAUGGGUGUGAAUACUUUCUGAAGGCACUGUUUAUAUUAAUAGGAUAAUACAUGUAUUAAGAUAAGGAAUAUAAGCAUUUUAACCUGUAAUACAUUUAUGAAUACGUAAUAAUGUAGUCUAAUUUGAUUAUGUACUGUUAUCCUGUGGAGAUUGCUUCUUGUGUUUCUCUUUUCUACACUUGUAUAACUAAAUACAUACAUUUUAAAA